CGCCAUGGCUGCCUCCAGGGUCCCGCGCUGUGAGCUUUGACUCCACCGUCAUCCGGCGAUGGCGUCGUCCGCGCAGUGGCCCUCGCCGCCUCGGGGCCCAGAACAGCUGCCGGGCUACCCCGCUUCCCGCGAAGAAAAGGAGGACGAUUCGGAUUCGGAUUCCGAGGCCCGCGACUCAGCUUCUUGCACGUCCGACGGCAGCGAAGACAAUGACCUGGAACCCGAGUGGCUGAGCAGCGUGCAGAAGCGGGGAGAGCUUUUCUAUCUGGAACUGGACUCAGACUCAGAUGCAGAUGUGGACAGCGCCCCCUCGUCCCCCACACCGGGCCGGAGCGUGCGCUUCAGCGAGGACGAGGUGAUCAUCAUGGCCGGCGAGUGCGAGCGUGCACCCAAGGGCCCUGCCGGUCUCCGAUGCUUCACCAGGGCCCUUCGAAGCCGCGGGCUGCUACCCCGCCGUGCGCCCCCUCCACCUGUGUCCAUCCUCAAACCCUCGCCAGAGCAGCGGGGCGCUCUGGAGCCCCCUCGAUGGAAGGAGGUGACCCUGCACGUGCACCCACGGGCCCCGGUGCGCCGGCACCGGCACCUCGAGGUGCUCCUGGGCAUUGUGCACCGCAGCAGCCGGCGCAGGCCAGGGAGGCUGCAGGUCCAUGGACUGCAGCCUGGGGGUCCGGCCCUCAAGAGCGGCCAGGUUCUCAUCGGGGACAUCCUAGUGGCUGUGAAUGAUGUGCAGGUGAGCACUGAGAACAUCGAGCAGGUGCUGGCUUGCAUCCCCGGGCCCAUGCAGGUGAAGCUGACCUUUGAGAAUGCACAGGUGGCCAAGAUCACUGGCAGCCAAGAGCACCCCAAGCCAGUGCCGACGAGUCCUGGCGAGCUGGUGGCGAGCCCUGGCGAGCUGGUGCAACUACUUCAAGGAGACCAGGAGCCCUACUUGGGGCAGCUGGCGCAGGAGGGGCCACACGUGGUCAUGUUCCUGUCACUUCAGCUCGACUCUGACACAACUAAGGAUGAGCAGGAAGUCCUGUACCUCUACCCCCCAUCGGAUACGGCUCGGAAGCUGAAGAGCGUGCGGGGGAUCUUCCUCACACUCAGUGACAUGCUAGAGACCGUGACAGGCACGCGGGUCACCAGCUCAUCCCUCAUCCUGGAUGGGAAGCAGGUGCACGCAGCCUACUGGAAGGAGGCAGCCACACUGCUGGUGGUGUGCAUGCCUGCCUCACAAGUCCCCCUGGCUCAGCUGCGGAGCCUGACAGAGGCGGCCGUGCGGACCCUGUGCUUCAUGUUCGGCUCCCUGGAGAGUGCUUUCAGCCAGGCUGAGCCCGCCGCCACCCUGGACCACUUCUUUGCCUUGUUCUUCCAAAGGGCGCUGCAGCCCACCACCCAGCACUGCGGGGCGCAGGUUCUGGACACGCUCCCUGGGGCCCGCUGGUUGCCUGUCCAUCAGGACCUCAAAGUAGAAUUAGAUUUGGCAUUAAGUGACCUGGAGGCUGCAGAUUUUGAAGAACUGUCCGAGGAUCACUACGACAUGAGGCGUCUUUACACCAUCGUGGGGACAUCUCUGUUUUACAAGGGCCACCUUUUCUGCAGCCACCUGCCCCGGGACGACCUGCUGGCGAUCACAGGCUACUGCCAGCAUGUAGGCCUGUUGGCCCUGGGCACCAAGCGGCGUGUGGGGCAGCUGGUGGUCUGGAGAGAGGUGUUUCCCCUGCGCCCCACUGACACUGGCUCUGACCCCGACACCCUUCAACCACCUGACAAUGCUCGGUGCUUCCUGCUCAUCGUUGGCCUGGGUGGUCCCCAAGCACAAAACGAGAUGCCCACUCUGGAAGAAGACCCACCCCACCCCAUCCCCAUUCCUCCUCUUUUAGGGAAUGUUCAUGAAACCAGGGCCAAGCUUUUAGUAGAUGUUGAAGAUCUUCUGUUUCCGCUGGCCACUGCCUGCUGUUGCGUGCUCCUGGAGGGCUGGCGGCUGUGCGUCCCAGGCCAUAGGGCAAACCCUGGCCCCGAUUGUGUCUACGUGGACCAGCCCGCACCACACUGGCAGCAGCUGCAGCCAUUGGAGGCCGCUAUGGACCAGCAACUGGCAGCUGCGCCCCACCCUGCCCUGUCCUGCGCAGAUGGGCUCCUGGCUGGGCCCCACGACACCUUCACCCUCAUCCCCUCGCCAAUCCUCAGGAAGCUUCCUGGGACCUCCAGGACCUUGUCACCCACACCCCGAAGGGUGCAUUUUGCGGACUUUCCAACAAAGGCACGGAGGCCCCAGCCCAUCCAGGGGCAUCGGGGGGCCCUGACAGUGGUGGAGGUGUUGAAGGGUCAGGUCAUUGGUUGCAUGCAGGACAAAUGCCCUCCCCAGUGCACAAUGGCUGCGAGCCUCCCUCCCUCAGUUUUCCUCCUUGUUAGGCUGACUUCGGGCCCCAGAAUACUCUUCUUCCACUACCUUGCCUUGGAGACGAUGCAGGGGGUCCUCGUCACCCCCACCCACGAGCAGGUGUCCCAGCUCGGCGGCACAGUUCACCCCCAGCUCCUGCAGAACUUCCACCGCUGCUGCCUGUCCAUCCGGGCCGUCUUCCAGCAGGCGCUGGCCAACGAGGGUGAGAGAGGAGAGUAUCAGCCGCAGCCCCCCAGGAUCCCUGGCUGCACCCCAGUGAAGGAGCAUGGCCUGCUGUUCGAGUGCUCCCCAGAUGAUGGCCACACACCAAUGAAAGAUCCCCCAGUGCUCACGUACUGGGUGGUGGGGAAACUCUUCCUGCAGCCAAAGCCCCGAGAGCUGUACGUCUGCUUCCACGACUCGGUCACGGAGCUCGCCAUGGAGAUGGCUUUCAAGCUCUUCUUCGCACUCACCCUGUAGGCAUACCACAUCGGACUUAGCACCCUCUGCGCCAUGGGCAGCUUGUUUCCAGCCACUCACUAGCUUACCCGGCCUGGCUUUUCUCGAGACUCAGUCACUUUGAGAGAAGAAGG